GGGGCCACGGAGAGGAGGAGGAAGAUGGCGGGAGGGCGGCUCUGAGGGGACCUCGGCGGCGGCGGAGGAGGAGAGACGCGCCGCGCCGCGCCGGGGCCCAUGUGGGGAGGAGCCGCCGCCGCCGCCGCCGCUGCCGUUGCCGCCGCCGCCGCCGCCUGCGAGAGCCCGAGCGGAGCGAGGCGCCCGCGGCAGCAUGAAGUUCGCCGAGCACCUCUCGGCGCACAUCACGCCCGAGUGGAGGAAGCAGUACAUCCAGUAUGAGGCUUUCAAGGAUAUGCUGUACUCAGCUCAGGACCAGGCGCCCUCUGUGGAAGUUACAGACGAGGACACAGUCAAGAGGUAUUUUGCCAAGUUUGAAGAGAAAUUUUUCCAAACCUGUGAAAAGGAACUUGCCAAAAUCAACACUUUUUAUUCAGAGAAGCUCGCCGAGGCCCAGCGCAGGUUCGCGACGCUCCAGAAUGAGCUGCAGUCGUCCCUGGACGCGCAGAAGGAGAGCCUGGGCGUCACCACGCUGCGGCAGCGCCGAAAGCCGGUCUUCCACCUGUCGCACGAGGAGCGCGUCCAGCACAGGAACAUCAAGGACCUCAAGCUGGCCUUCAGCGAGUUCUACCUCAGUCUCAUCCUGCUGCAGAACUAUCAGAAUCUGAAUUUUACCGGGUUUCGGAAGAUCCUUAAGAAGCAUGACAAGAUCCUGGAAACGGCGCGCGGGGCCGACUGGCGCGUGGCCCACGUGGAGCUCGCCCCGUUUUAUACGUGCAAGAAGAUCAACCAGCUCAUCUCCGAAACCGAGGCCGUAGUGACCAAUGAACUUGAAGAUGGUGACAGACAAAAGGCCAUGAAGCGCUUGCGUGUCCCCCCCUUGGGCGCCGCUCAGCCCGCACCAGCAUGGACUACUUUCCGAGUUGGCCUGUUUUGUGGAAUAUUCCUUGUACUGAACAUUACCCUCGUGCUUGCCGCUGUAUUUAAACUUGAAACAAGUCGAAGCAUAUGGCCCUUGAUACGAAUCUACCGGGGUGGUUUUCUCCUGAUCGAAUUCCUUUUCCUGCUGGGCAUCAAUACGUACGGCUGGCGGCAGGCCGGCGUCAACCACGUGCUCAUCUUCGAGCUGAACCCGAGGAGCAACCUGUCCCACCAGCAUCUCUUUGAGAUCGCUGGCUUCCUGGGUAUCCUGUGGUGCCUGAGCCUUCUGGCCUGCUUCUUCGCCCCCAUCGGUGCCAUCCCCACCUACGCGUACCCUCUGCUCCUCUACGGCUUCAUGGCUCUCUUCCUCAUCAACCCCACCAAGACCUUCUAUUACAAGUCCCGCUUCUGGCUACUCAAGCUGCUGUUUCGGGUAUUUACGGCCCCUUUCCAUAAGGUGGGCUUCGCCGACUUCUGGCUGGCCGACCAGCUCAACAGCCUCUCCGUGAUCCUCAUGGACUUGGAAUACAUGACCUGUUUCUACAGCUUCGAGCUCAAAUGGAACGAAAGCACCGGCCUCUUGCCAAAGGAGUCAGAAGACCUGGAAAUCUGCCACAAGUACUCGUACGGCGUCCGUGCCAUCGUGCAGUGCAUCCCAGCAUGGCUGCGCUUCAUCCAGUGCCUGCGCCGGUACCGGGACACCCGGAGGGCCUUUCCCCACUUGGUCAACGCCGGCAAGUACUCCACGACCUUCUUCACGGUGACUUUUGCAGCCCUGUACAGCACCCACAAAGAGCAAGGCCACGCAGACACUACGGUGUUCUUCUACCUGUGGAUCGUCUUCUGUAUCAUUAGCUCCUGCUACACCCUCAUCUGGGACCUGAAGAUGGACUGGGGCCUCUUUGACAAGAAUGCUGGAGAAAACACCUUCCUCCGAGAGGAGAUUGUGUAUCCCCAGAAAGCCUACUACUACUGCGCCAUCCUGGAGGACGUGAUCCUACGCUUCGCCUGGACCAUCCAGAUCUCGGUCACCUCCACCACCACGACCGUGCUGCCUCACGCCGGGGACAUCGUCGCCACCGUCUUCGCGCCCCUGGAGGUCUUCCGGCGCUUCGUGUGGAACUUCUUCCGCCUGGAGAACGAGCACCUGAAUAACUGUGGCGAGUUCCGUGCCGUGCGCGACAUCUCCGUGGCCCCGCUCAACGCCGACGACCAGACGCUGCUCGAGCAGAUGAUGGACCAGGACGACGGUGUCCGGAAUCGCCAGAAGAACCGGGCCUGGAAGUACAACCAGAGCAUAUCCCUGCGGCGCCCGCGCCUGGCUUCUCUAUCCAAGGCUCGUGACACGAAAGUCCUGAUUGAAGACACAGACGAUGAGGCGAACACUUGAGAGCGCCGGACCCCCCCCUUCCACAGCUCGUCGGCCCCCCCGCCCGGCGACUCUCCCCUCGACCAGCGCGACCUCCGGCACCUUCCACCGAGCCCGGGACCCCUCUGGUCGGACCCGGGGCUCCCCCAGACGAGCCCCCCGGGCAUCUCCGCUUUCCUUCCGGUGGAAACUUUUUCCUUUUUCUAUUUUUUAAAAGCGAAACCCCUCCCUG